UCAGCUGACUUUACUCCAGAGCUGGGCAGCUGCUGUUUGAGGAUCAAAUUAUAUAUAUCACUACAAAUACCGUUUUUUAUGUAGUUUUCCAAAGGAAAGUCAUCUUUAGGUCACUUUUCUAAAAGCAGCGAUGAUCAGCAGGAACUUCAAGAACAUUCUGGUGAUCUCCAUUGGGUUUCUGUCCCUGUUUACGGCAUAUGGAGGUCUGCAGAGUUUACAGAGCAGUCUGAAUGCGGAGGAGGGGAUGGGCGUGGCGUCUCUGAGCGUCAUCUACGCCUCCAUCAUCAUCUCCUCCAUGUUCCUGCCCCCCAUCAUGAUCAAGAACCUCGGCUGUAAAUGGACCCUCGUGUUUGGCAUGGUCUGCUAUGUCUCCUACUCUUUUGGGAACCUCUACCCCGGAUGGUACACUUUGAUUCCUACCUCAGUGAUCCUGGGUUUGGGUGGCUCUCCUCUCUGGUCGGCUAAAUGCACCUACCUGACCAUUUCUGGAAACAUCCAGGCUGCUAAAGAGGGCAAGAAGGGCUCUGAUGUCAUCAACCAAUAUUUUGGUAUCUUCUUCUUCAUCUUCCAGUCGGCGGCUGUGUGGGGGAACCUCAUGUCGUCGCUCAUUUUCGGACAGGACACCGAUAUAGCUGACAUCCCUGAGGAGCAGCUGGUGACAUGUGGAGCUGCAGACUGCGGCCUCAACGUCAGUGUCGUCGGCACGGUCAUCAAACCUGCUCAGAGGCUGGUGUGGAUACUCGUCGGAUGCUACAUCGGUGUUGGUGUGCUGGCCAUCCUGAUCAUUGUUAUAUUUCUGGACAACAUCGACCGGGAACGGAGCAGUGAGUUUAGAGAAAACAGGGAGCCGUUCUUUAAAACCUUUCUGGCCACGUUCAGACUGCUGAAGGACUGGAGGCUGCUCACCCUCAUCCCUCUCACCAUGUACAGCGGCUUUGAGCAGAGCUUCCUCUCUGGAGAGUACACCAAGAACUAUGCCACGUGUGCUCUGGGGAUCCACUUCGUUGGCUAUGUCAUGAUGUGUUUUGGAGCCACUAAUUCUCUUUGCUCGUUUCUCUUUGGGAGACUGGCUCCCUACACUGGGAGAGCUGCUCUCUUCUUACUGGCUGCUGUUGCAAACUUCUCCUGUAUUAUUGCUCUCUUAUACUGGAGGCCUCAUCCUGAUCAGCUCCCAUUGUUUUUUGUGUUUCCUGCUCUGUGGGGAAUGGCUGACGCUAUCUGGCAAACUCAAACUAACGCUCUUUACGGCGUCCUGUUUCCACGAGACAAAGAAGCGGCGUUUGCUAACUACCGUAUGUGGGAGUCGCUGGGUUUUGUUAUCGCCUUCGCCUACAGCACCUUCUUAUGUCUGGAGUACAAACUGUACAUCCUGCUGGCUGUGCUGAUCCUGACCGUCAUCACGUACCCCAUAGUGGAGUACUACGAACACAAACACCCCACACCGCCUAUCGAGAAGGGAACCUACGAAGGUCACAAAGAUGCCACGGAAGUAGACGAGAGCAAAAUAAUCUGCCAGACACAAAUGUAGAGACUGAAAAUCAGCAGUGUUAUAUUAUAUUUAUGCCCAGAUGCUGAAAAGUGUGUGAAAAUGCCACACUGAAUGAAAACUCUUGCUAAUGAUUGGGAGGUUUUACUGAACAUAAACUUUUCCAGAUUGUUUCAGAGAGAACUAGGAAAAAAUCAGUUCAUUUAACAUGAUCGUUUACCUGUUUUAUAUUUUCUAAGAUUUUUACCAGCUAAGCCUCUUUUCUGCAGUGUUAAAGGUCUACAGAUAAUAAUGUCCCAUUACAAAAUCAGACAGGAUUAGUGCUGGAUGACUGAAAAAAAAACACUCAAUAACUAUUUACUUAUGACUUUAUGAAUCUUUGUUUUUGGAGGAUGAAUUUUAAUGUUUUGUAUUUAUGACUCUCACCUUAAUGCUCAAAACUUUGGUUAUAAACAGGUUAUAUAAAGACUGAUAACUAAAAGUUUGGGGUUAAACUAGAAGGUUAAUUUUUAACUCAUGUCAUGUCAAAAAGUAAUAAACUUCAUUUUAUUUCCUUUUACAGCAUUUAGUUCAAGGACUUUUGUGUCUGAUAAUCAGAUUAUCUGCUGCUUCAGUGCAAUAUUGUUAAUUUGUUUUUUUACACACUCUACUAUAACUGUAGCAAUAAAUUGUGCAUUUUAUGAUUUAUGUGACAAAUAAACG